UUAUAAUCAGAACCUAUCACGAACAAUUUACUUUGUGCAAAGACUGACGUUCGACUGUCCGUAAACAAGAGAGAGAUUCACUGUCAUUCAGAAAUAUGCACACGGGUUAUUUAUAGUCAAGCAGACGACAUUAACUCCCCUUAUUUCCUACUUGUGUUUUUUAAAAGGGGGAGAUCACUGGAUAGAAAAUCGCUAGAUCAAACAGUGCCCGUAAUCUGGAUUGGAAAUUUGGUCGUCUGGUGUGACUUCUGAUUAUGUCUUCGAAAGUGGCGGGAUUACGAAAUAUUGUUUCUGUUGUGGUUUUGUUCGUCGUUACUCAAUGCAGCGUGGUUCCCCACACAGACGUGGAUAUAGAUAAAGAGGAGUACUCAUUGACCAUUCGCAUGCCAGAUGUAGUUUCUGACAGGGCAGACGAUCUAGUGUGCACAGGAGUGAAACUUGACCCGGCAGAGGCGUAUCUCAUCAGAUUCAAGCCACACGCCAAGAAAGAAACCGCUCACCAUAUGAUGGUCUAUGGCUGUCACCAACCAGCAAGUCAUGAUGCCAGCUGGCAUUGUUUCAACACCGAUAACUCGGACGAGAAUGGUGUAUGCGGCGACGGUGAAAGACAGGUUCUAUUCGCUUGGGCUAUGGACGCUCCAGACAAGAGCUUGCCAGAAGGUGUAGGGAUCCGAGUCUCAGGACAAACUAACAUCAAGUAUUUGGUGGUUCAACUUCAUUAUGCGACAGCUUUUAGGCCUGGCAUUACCGAUAACUCUGGAAUAACAAUAGACUUUACAAAGAAAAGACCAGAGCAGAUAGCUAAUUAUCUAGUCCUAGGUAACUUUGGCAGGAUCCCACCGAAACAAAAAGCUUUCUAUAUGGAAUCAUCCUGCGUGUUUGGACAACCUUUUACGAUCUAUCCAAUCGGUUAUCGCACUCACUCUCAUAAUUUAGGUUACGUCACAUCCGGUUACAGAAUACGCGACGGGAAGUGGACGGAAAUAGGAAGAAUGUCUCCACAGCUGCCACAGACUUUUUAUCCAGUAACGAAUCCUGGCAUGGACAUCAGAUAUGGAGAUGUCUUGGUGUCCAGGUGUACAAUGAACAGUAUGGCCAGAGCAGAAGUAACCAAUAUAGGGCCAACCAAUCACGAUGAGAUGUGCAACUUUUAUAUAAUGUAUUCGACCUUCAACCCCGAACAGCAGCCGACAAAUUAUUGCUUCAAGGACGCUAACAAUUACACGUGGGCUGUCGAUGAAACAGUGGACUUGUCAGACAUACCUGACAACCUGAGUUCUUUGGAGGGAAUUCCUGGAGCUGAAACGGUGGAGAAAUACUUUAAAUCUGGGGCACAAGAGCACCACCCCAAGGGUUAACGGGAAAAUAAAAACAAUGUACACAAAAA